AUGGCAUCAUCAUCAUCCACGAAGAAGAUCACCUUGAAGAGUUCCGACAGCGUGACCUUUGAAAUCGAAGAGGUGGUGUUCCAAUCAAUCAAGAAUUUGACCGAUGAUGUUGCCGACGACAUUGAAAUCCUGGUUCCGCGCAUAACGGGCAAGAUAUUGGCUAAGGUUAUUGAGUAUUGCAAGAAACAUGUUGAGGCUGCCAGUUCUUAUGAAAAGCUCUUUGAUGAUAAACUUAACAAAUGGUACACUGAAUUCGUCGAGGUUGAUAAUGUUACGCUCUUCAAUCUCAUAUGGGCUGCAAGUAUCUUGGAUCUUUCAAUCAAGACUCUAGCAGACAUGAUCAAGGAUAAGAAGCCGGAGGAUAUUGGUAAGAUUUUCAACAUUAUAAAUGCUUACCGUCCGGAGUAA